UACAUCAAUACAUAAUUAUAUAUAUUUUUAUGUAAUAAAAAUGCAUUUACAAUCCACAUAAAAUCAAAGAGAACUUUUAUAUGCAAGUUAUUGCUGUAUGUUUACCAUGUGAAGUGUGAUAAGGAUUGUUAAACUAGUACGAACAGGAUUAAUUAUUGCUCUGUAGAUUUCAUUCAUUAAAGUGGUACAUACAAGUGCACUGCAGAUUAUAAUAAAAAUAAUUGUGUUAUCGUGUGUGUAAAUCUUCGGUAAGGUAUUAUAAUGAGCCGGCAAUUAACAUUGGACAGUUUCUAUAAAAGUAGAGUUUCUAAAACUUUAAAAUUUGAGAUGGAUUCUGGGACUAAAAAGCGGAUAAUUGAAAGUCCAGCAAUAGUAUCGCCGAGCAAAACACCAAAAAUAAAACAAGAAAAUGAAACUGAAAAUGUAGUUAACUUGGUAAGCGAUGAUGAGGAUGAACUUUUUAAUUCGUUGAUUGCGGAAAAUGAGAAUACAAUUGACGAGCUGUGCUCCGAUUCUUCUAAUGUGACUGUUAUUUAUACUCCACCUGACACUAAAUCUUCACCAGUCACUCCAAAAAGUACACCUAAAUCUGCGAGAAAGUACUUUUCACCAAAUAAAAAACGUAACAUGUAUGUGAAAACACCAUCAAAAGCUAAGAGGAAUCUUAAUGAAGAAUUAAAUAGAAAUACUAAUGACCAAGAUAAGAUUAUGGAAUUUGAGCAACUCUGUACUACAUUGGAUGAUAAAACAAUUUUUAUGCUUCAAAUAAUUUACCAGUAUUUGAAUGAUGCAGCCUUAAAACCUCUGUUGGAUCCUACUUCACAGGAUUUAUUAGCAAAAUGUUUGAAGUUAGUGAAGCCAGGGUUGCAGUUGGUGUGUAGGCUUUAUUGGCGAAAAGAGGGCUGGUACAGGGUCAAUACAUUACAGAACAUUGUAUCUUCUGAAACAAUCAAUGAUAUGGCGUUUAAAGAGAUGUUAAAUUUCUUAGUGGAAAACAGACUAUUGGUAGCUAUUGGAAAUCUAGCUGAAAAAGAAGACCUGCAACUAAAUGACUACAUUGAUAUGCUGAAAGUAAAUGAGGUCAAAGCAAUUUGUAAGGAUUUUAAAUUGAAAUUUACAAAUAAAGAAGAUGCUAAACACUCCUUGGAAGAAUUGAGUCGACAAUGCAGCAUUGGUAGCUUUAUGGGGCUUUCCAAGAGUAACAAUAGAAAAAGAGUUCUGAAUAUGAUUAGUACAAAAUUGGGUCCCUGUUAUGAACUUAGUGAUCAAUGUCGCAGAACGUUAAAUGAGUUAUACAUUCUUAUGUAUUUAGGGAUGGAUUACAGUAUAUUAAGAGAGAAGAAACUAGAAUUGGUGAUUCUUUAUGACAAAAUAAGUAGAGAACCUUAUCCGAUUGACAAGGGCAUGGGCAUAGAUAAUGCAAGUGUAGUUUUCAAGAAUAGACAAGAGUUUCAGAGGUACAUAAAAGCUGGUACAAUAUACGAACAGUUUUUGGACAGCACAGAUUCACGAGAAAAAUGCAAAAUAGUGGAAAAAGUAUAUAACCUAUACUUGUAUAUAAAUAAAGCAGACAUGACAAGUUACAAGUCGCUGCCCACUUGGUUGAGAAGAUUCACACCUGUAUAUUUCUAUAUCAAAAUAUUGCAUAGUGGUAUUGUAGAUUUAAAGAAAUUAUCCAAUCAAUCGGAGGGCUAUAGUCAACUAGCAUUGGAUAUCUUGACGGAAUUAAUACAGCAGGAUGCUUUUAGAGUACAUAAGAAAGCAGAAUGGUAUGCAGAGAAAGCACUCAUAUAUGAGAACUUGUUGAAAUGUCCUGAUAAAGCAGCGGAAGUACUGAUAGAAGGUUUUAAUUUAGACAUUUCUGAAGAGGAAAUGGAUUGCAUGCGCCCGCGAGCACUCAAGCUCGUAAACAGACGGACAAAUAAACUGUGCGAGAAAUUAGCGUCCAUUCUGUCGAAAUAUGCACAAAAAGAAAGCAUUUUAGAAAAGAAUAUUAAAUCCAGGCACAUAAACAAGCAACCUAUGGAGAGUUAUGGUCGCGGAAAAUUAAAAUUUGAAGUGUGGUCAAGUGAUGGAUCCCUUACAGUAUUGGAGGCUGAGGAAUAUUGUAAAUAUUAUUACAUACAUUCGGGACAGUACACACACGGUGGUCACUGGGAAGGCAGAAUAAUAACGACUCUAUUCUUUCUUCUGUUCUGGGAUAUAAUAUAUGCGAAUUUACGCGGCUUGCGAGGUAUAUUCCUAACCCACUAUCAGAGGUACCCGCUAGAUAUGUUCGACGAUUUCUAUGAGAAUAGAAAGUGUUUAAUAGAAGAAAGACUCAAGGAGAUAGAGAAUUUAAGUGAAGAGGAGGUUAUUGAAAGCAUGAAGCGAAUUUGGGACGCACGGCCGGAGGGGGAACUAUCGGGUAUAGUUCGCUCCAUAACCUGGGAGGGCGUGUGCGGGGUGGCGGGUUGUUUGCGCGGGCGCGGGCUGGCGGCGCUGUGCGGCCGGCUCGCCCGCCGGUACAGGUACUCGCAGAGCGGCUUCCCCGACCUUACGCUGUGGAAUGAGGCUACACGAGAGAUAAUAUUCGUCGAAGUGAAAACAGACUCGGACAAACCGUCGAUGAAGCAGUUACAAUGGAUGAGUUUUCUUCGCGAAAACGGCAUUAAUACUGAAAUAUGCUAUGUGGGAGUCAACACUACGAGGUGUAAGGCGAGGAAUAGAGAAGAUUUAUAAAUUUAAUUUUUUGAGAAUGUUUUUUUUAAUUCAAAAAGAUUGAAUUGUUUGUUUGUGUUUAAGAAAUAAUACUAAGAUAUAUUAAGUCAGGAACUGGGCCAAACUGACAGAGACUCUUUUUAUUAGAUUGAAUAUAAAAUAAUAUUUUGAUAUAAAAAUCGCAUUUAUAUUUUAUCUAUUAAUUAAGGUCUUGAUUUCUGUAAAUAUCGAUCUCGAUAAAGUUAAAAAAGGAAAAAUAAUGCAAUUAUUUUAUAAUUUUAAAUAUUAUAGUGUGAAACGAAAUGCAAUAACACGCACAUAUAUUUUGUCAAUUAUUUUUUGGAAUGUUAAUCUUCCUUAGGAUAAGUACAUAUUUUUUUAUAACUAGAUUAAGUAUAAAUGGGAAUGUUGAUUUAUUAUUUGUAAGAUAUGUCUGUGAUAUAUGUUGUAUUA